AUGUGGCAAGAAAUGAGAAAACAUGAAAAGAAAUUACGUGGAAUGAUUGUUGAUUAUAAAAGACGAUCAGAAAGACGAAAAGAAUAUUAUGAAAGAAUUAAACGUGAUCCAGCAGAAUUCUUACAAAUUUGGGGUCGUCCAGCUAAAAUUCAUUUGGAUCCAGCAAUAGCAGCUGCUGCAGAAUCAACAUUAACACCAUGGCGUGAUGAUGAAACCACAAUGAUUGAUCGAUUUGAUGUUCGUUCACAUUUGGAUGUAAUUGAUGAAUAUGCUUUAAAAAAUCAACAGAAUCAACAAGUCUCCGAAUCAUUAUCGGAAGCAGAACAAAAUGAAGAACGUUUAUGCAAUUAUGAACGUUAUCGUGUCUUAAUACAUAAUGAAUCAAAUAAUGUUAGUGAAGAACAGUGUUUACGUGAUAUUGAAUUUGAUGAAAAAUUUGGUGCAAUUCGAGACGAUCAUCAUCCAGCAUCACGAGAGGCCAAAAAGAAAAAAUUAACAACAAAAAAAGCCGAAAUUGGUUUUGUAUAUGAUGAUACACCAAUUUCAACAUCAUCAAAAAAAUCGACAACAGCAGAUGAAACUGAUGACGAUGAUGAUGGUGAUGAUAAUAAUGAUGAUGAUUUAGAUUUGGAUAUUGAAAUAGAUAUAAGUCAAUUAACUAGUGAAAAUAAAGCAUCAUUAAAUAAAGUUGCUAUACAUUAUGGUAUGGCAUUUGGUGAUUUUGCACGAAUGUUAAUACUUGAUCGAGAAGAAAUGCAAGCUAUUAGAGAAAAUAAAUUAGAAAGAGAACAAGAUAUACCUGUGAAAGGUCGUCGAGCUCGUCGUGAACGUCGUUUAGCAAAAGAUAGACGAAUAAAAGAACGUGAUUUUUGUCCACCGAGUUAUUUAAGUCGUGAAACACCAAAAUUACCUGUUGUAAAAACAAAAUCUCGAUCUCGAUCUCCAUCACCUCCGGAUACAACACCAGUAAAAGAAAAAAUUGAAUUUAUUACAGCAUUUGGUGAUGAUGAAAUAUCAAAAAAUAAUGAAUUAAAACGAAAAAGACCUUUUGAGAAAUCAUUACUUGAUGAAUGUCGUGAAGCAAAAAAGAAAGCUGAACCAACUGUUAUGCCAGUACGAGUUCGUCGAUUGGUUACACCACCACGAUUACCUGCACCAACAACAUCAUUUGUUCCUUGUCGAUCAGUUCAACGAAAAAGUCAAGUUCUAUUAUCUACAUUACAAAAACUAAAAGAAGAUUCAUCACCGGAAAGACGAGUUUUAUCAGAUGAUGAAAUACCAGCAAUAAAAAUUGUUAGAACAGAAAAAAAAGAUGAUAAAGAAGACAAUAAUGAUGAUGAUGGUGAUGAAGACGAAGAUGAUGAUCUUCAACAAUAUCUUAAACGAAAAGAAGCUCGACAACGUAAUCAAAAUUCAAUGACAACACCUUCAAGUCAUAAAGAACAAAAUGGUUCCAAUGAAUCAACAAUAACUAAAACUUCAUCGGCUAAAACUCCUCAAGAAAAACUUCGACGUCGAAUGCAAAGUUUAUUAAAAAAACAAUUUCAAAAAGACAAAGAUCAACAACGUGAACGUCAAAAACGAGAAGAAAAAGAACGUGAAGCUCGUGAGUCGGAAUUACGUCAAUCAUCAGCUAAACUUCGUCAUCGUUCACGACGUCAUUCAAGUAGUCGAUCGAGAUCAAGAUCGAGAUCGAGAAGCCGUUCUCCAUCAACUCGUCGUCACCGUCAUCGAUCAUCAUCAUCAUCAUCAUCAUCAUCUUCUUCAUCAUCAUCUUCAUCAGACAAUCGUAAGAAGAGAAGAUCAUCAUCAGUAAAAUCUCGUUCACCAACGCCAGAAUUUUUACGACAACGUUUUCGUCGUAAUCCUCGUCGGCGUGAAUCAUCACGAUCAUCUUCAUCUUCAUCAUCAUCACGUUUCGAUAGAAGUUCACCAAAAAGAAAACGAACAGAUUAUAAAUAA